CGUUCGUUGCGUCAGACUAUCCUUGGUACUCUCACCAGCACUCUCCAUCUGGAUGGCCAAUUCCGACAUUUACAACCUAGAAUACCUUUCGCUGGUCUCCAAAAUUACACAGGAGAUUGACAAUCACACAGGGAUAAAUGACAAAGUACUCGCGGAAUUUGUAAUCUCACUUCAUGACCAGGCCAACAAAAGUCUAACUGAAUUCAAGGACAAGCUAAAGAGCGUCGGGGCCGACUUUCCAGACUCAUUCAUUGAAAAUGUCGACAGACUCAUUCUCAGUAUGCAUCCCAAGCACAAAAAGAAAGUGUCGUCCGAUGGAGAAGCCGUGCCGAAGGGCGAUGGGGAGUUAACGGAGCAGGAGAAGAAGAAGCGAAUGUUUCCCGGACUCUCCAUGAAGGAUCAUGAACAAGAAGCAGUAUCGGACGACGUCUUUUUGAAGGAACUCGGUGACUUGGUUUCUGGCAAGAAGCGUCCUUCACAGCUGGAACGGUCUCCGAAACGGCAAAGACGAGACAGGUCUCCUCCUCCGCGAAGACGUACUCCCAGUCCUGUUCGCGGGAGAGAUUAUGACCGCCGAGGAAGGAAUGGGCGGCCAUCUCAGGACGAGAGACCCAUCCUCUUUAAAAUAUAUAGUGGUCGAGUUUCCGGUUUGAAAGAUUUUGGUGCUUUCGUCACUUUAGAAGGUGUCGCGGGUCGUGUCGAAGGCAUGGUUCAUGUAUCCAAUAUACAAACUGGAGCACGAGCGAACUCCGCAUCAGAUCUGCUUAGUAGAGGUCAGAAUGUGCAAGUAAAAGUCAUGAGCGUUGCUGGAAGCAGAAUCAGUCUUUCGAUGAAAGAUGUUGAUCAAGCUACGGGUCGGGACCUCACGCCUCACUUACGAAUCAAAUCCGAAGCCGAAAUAGAGGAGGAACGCACUAGGGCAGCACGGAUAUCUUCUUCCGGUGCCAACGCGCUUCCCCUCAAUUCUAAGAUCCUUGAGGGUCCUGUUAGAUCUGCGAAGCGCCUCACGUCUCCGGAGCGCUGGGAAAUCAAACAACUCAUUUCUUCUGGUGCUCUUGACGCAUCAGAGUACCCAGACCUUGACGAAGAUUUUAGCAAUCCUAUGGCACACGCAGAAAUUGAAGAGGAACUAGAUGUUGAAAUACGAGAGGAUGAGCCGCCGUUCCUGGCUGGUCAGACCAAGAAGACCCUCGAAUUGAGCCCUGUCAAAAUCGUCAAAGCUCCUGAUGGUUCUAUGAAUCGAGCGGCCCUUGCUGGUGCUUCCUUAGCUAAAGAACGCCGGGAGCUCAGACAACAGGAGGCAAAUGAUCAAGCUGACUCGGAAGCUCGGGAUUUCAGUUCACCUUGGUUGGAUCCAAUGGCAAAGGAAGGGGAGAGGGUAUUUGCUCAGGAUAUGAGAGGUCACUUGAAGGGGCAGAAGGCCGGAGAGGUUCCAUCUUGGAAGCAAGAAACUUUCAAUAAAGCCACAACGUAUGGAGAAAUCACAACUCUCUCCAUACAAGACCAAAGAAAGAGAUUGCCCAUCUUCAAAUUACGAGAUCCAUUGCUCAAAGCCAUUGAAGAGCAUCAAGUCCUCAUCGUUGUCGGCGACACCGGAUCCGGAAAAACCACUCAGAUGGUCCAGUACCUUGCUGAAGCAGGAUACGCUGACCACGGUCGUAUCGGAUGUACGCAGCCUCGUCGUGUCGCUGCUAUGUCCGUUGCAAAACGUGUGGCCGAAGAAGUCGGAUGUCGACUAGGUCAGGAAGUGGGGUACACCAUCCGUUUUGAGGACUGUACAAGCCCGGAAACUCGGAUUAAGUAUAUGACAGAUGGGAUGCUGCAGCGUGAAUGUCUCAUCGACCCUCUCUGCAACCAGUACUCGGUGAUAAUGUUAGAUGAAGCACACGAACGUACAAUCGCUACCGAUGUCCUUUUUGGUCUGAUGAAGAAGGCAGUUAAGCGGCGGCCUGAUUUAAAGCUCAUUGUGACAUCGGCCACCUUGGAUGCCGAAAAAUUCUCCAAGUAUUUUUAUGGUUGCCCAAUCUUCACUAUCCCCGGUCGUACAUUUCCUGUGGAGAUUCUCUAUACCAAGGAACCUGAAACCGAUUAUCUCGACGCCUCCCUUAUCACAGUAAUGCAAAUACACCUUUCGGAACCCCCAGGCGAUAUACUUCUUUUUCUAACUGGACAAGAAGAGAUUGAUACCGCUUGUGAAAUCCUUUACGAGCGCAUGAAAGCUCUGGGACCCAAAGUUCCUGAGCUUCUCAUCCUGCCCAUUUAUUCCGCUCUUCCAUCAGAAGUUCAGUCUCGAGUCUUUGACACGACUCCUCCAGGAGCACGAAAGGUCGUCAUCGCCACAAACGUAGCUGAGACGAGUUUGACAAUACCUGCUAUCUAUUAUGUUAUCGAUCCUGGGUUUUCUAAACAGAGUGCUUAUGAUCCGAGGCUGGGCAUGGAUUCGUUGGUUGUUAUGCCUAUAUCGCAGGCACAAGCCCGGCAAAGGUCGGGUCGUGCGGGGCGUACAGGGCCAGGUAAAUGCUACCGUUUAUAUACGGAGGCCGCUUUUCGGAAUGAGAUGUUACCCAACUCGAUUCCCGAUAUCCAGCGAACGAACUUGGCCUCGACUAUUCUGCAACUCAAAGCAAUGGGCAUCAAUGAUCUGCUCAGCUUCGACUUCAUGGACCCCCCUCCUGCACCGACUAUGCUCACGGCGUUGGAAUCUUUAUACGCACUCUCCGCCCUAGAUGACGAGGGUCUUCUCACAAGGUUAGGAAGAAAAAUGGCCGAUUUCCCUGGGGAUCCACCACUAGCCAAGAUGCUAAUUGCAUCCGUCGAGCUAGGCUGCUCGGAAGAGAUUUUAUCUAUUGUCGCCAUGCUUUCUGUCCAAAGCGUCUUCUAUCGACCAAAGGAGAAACAGGGUCAGGCUGACUCGAAGAAAGCCAAGUUCCAUCAACCAGAAGGUGACCAUCUUACCUUACUUACUGUCUACAACGGAUGGAAGAACGCCAGUUUCUCCAAUCCUUGGUGCUACGAGAACUUCAUUCAAGCGCGAAGCAUGCGUCGUGCGCAGGAUGUGAGGAAGCAGUUGUUGGGAAUCAUGGAUCGAUAUAAACAUGAUAUCCUUUCUGCUGGCCGAGACUUCAACAAAGUGCGUCGCGCAAUUUGUUCUGGCUUUUUCCGACACGCUGCGAAGAAGGACCCCCAAGAAGGAUACAAGACACUCGUGGAAGGAACUCCUGUAUACAUACAUCCUUCUUCAGCCCUCUUUAACCGGAAUCCUGAAUGGCUCAUAUAUCAUGAGCUGGUCUUGACAACGAGGGAGUACUGCCACAACGUUACUGCUGUAGAGCCGAAGUGGCUUGUAGAAGUAGCACCCCAAUUCUUCAAAGUGGCAGAUGCCAACAAGAUCAGUAAGCGGAAGAGACAAGAGAAAAUUGAGCCAUUGUACAACAAGUACGAGAAAGAGGAUGAAUGGCGGUUGUCAAAGGUCAAGAGGAGUGCUCGUUCGAGUCAGACAUUCGGUUAAAGCACCUGGUUUGGGUGGAUGUAUCUAUCAUGUAUAUUGUAGUCGUAAUUGAAGAAUGGGAAAUGAACCAGU